AUGAGGCGACUACGGUUCUCAAUCCCGCGCCACUGGGAGUCAUGCGUGGCGCUAUCGCUCAUCGCCAGCCUUGUGGGCCUUGUCGGUCUAGUUGGCCCGGCGAAUGCGCUGGUGCAGGUCAAUAACAUGCAAUACGGCUUUCUGACGGAUCUGCGCGCGGCGUGGGGCGGCAAUUUCAUAGAGGCGCGCACGUGGGCGUACGACGCGCGGUGCCUGCAGGGCCUGGACGACGGCUCCGACGACAUCCCCGUGCUCAAGGGGCUCAUCUGCUCCGCCGAUGGCAGCGUUAUUGAGAUCAAUCUGCAGCACAGAUCGCUCGUGGGGUCCAUUCCGGAAACCAUCAAAUACUUCACUGCUCUCACUGGCCUCUAUCUGUCGGACAACGAGCUGUACGGAUCCUUACCCGCCGGCAUCAGCGCGCUCGCGUCCCUGCAGUACCUGCACCUGGACUACAACAGCAUAUCGGGCACCAUCCCCUCCACCAUCGCCAAGCUACCCUUGCUGCAGAGCUUGCGGCUGAAGGCGAAUCUGCUGACGGGAACUAUCCCCAACAUGGCCACGCUCAAGAACCUCGCCACUCUCGAUCUAUCGCUGAACCGCUUGAAUGGCACCAUACCGCCCACCCUCGCAGCAAUGCCGGGCCUUGGAGAACUGUUCCUAGCAGGCAACAGCUUUACAGGCCCUCUGCCCGCCAAGCUCAACAUGCCCAACCUUUACACUUUGGAUCUCUCAUUCAACUUCCUGUCUGGUAGCAUCCCAGCCACCGUCAGCACCCUUGCAUCGCUGCAGUACAUGGACCUGGGCUACAACCAGUUCUCGGGUUCCCUCCCUUCGCAGAUGGUCAAACUCACCGGCCUCCAGCGCCUGGAUCUACUCGCCAAUGCAAUGACCGGCAGCAUCCCUUCCGUCUUCUCCAGCCUCACUGCACUCCAAACACUAGUGCUGCAGCGCAACAGCAUGAGUGGCCCCAUCCCGCCGCAGCUGAGCCUGCUCACAGGCCUGUCUGAACUGUCCGUCAGCAGCAACCUGCUCAACGGCACCAUCCCCUCCGCGCUCUUCACCCUCUCCAACCUUCAAGUCCUGGAGCUAGACGACAAUGACUUCUCUGGUUCCAUCCCCGAUCCCAUCUCAACCCUCUCCUCUCCUCGCUGCAGUUCCUCACCGCAUCCUGUCAAGUCUCUCUUUCGGACCCCCCUUCCCCGUCCUCAGCGUCACUUGCUGCAUCCCCCUCGUCUCCCCCACCCAUUUUCCCACCCCUCCCUCCCUCCCCCACCUCGCCAUUGUCCUUCCUACUCCCUCCCCUACCCCACUCCGGGGCCUCACAAUCCCCGUAUUUCCCUCCCUCCUUGCCUCUUGCCCCCGCUCACUCCCCUGCCUGCUUCCUCCCCUCCCCCUCCCCUCGCCCUCUCCCUCCCCCCACCGCCCCCCACCCCUCACACCAGUUCCUUGGCGCGCAAUCGCCUCUCCGGUGCGCUGCCUGCCUCCCUCGCCAGCAUCACAGGGCUCUCCUACGUGUCAGUGCUGCCGCUUGCUCUCCCCCCCACCGCCCUCUUCCCCCUCUCUCUCCUCCCGCUCUCUCCCCCUUCUUCCCGCUAUCUCCCCUCCUUCUUCCCCCUUUUCCCCGUCCAUGCUGUGCAGCAUGCAUUGCAGACCCCCUCAUUCAUCCCGUCCCCCUUAUCUGUUUCUCUCCUGGAUCUGAGCAACAAUGUGCUGUCGGGAUCCGUGCCAGCGUCCUACGUCUCUCUCCGCACUACCUCCAAGUGGACGCUGGACGUGCGCAGCAACAUGCUAGUGGGCGAGGUGGACGUGCUGGCCAGCGGCACGGCGUGGUACGACAACAACUACCUCUCCUCCACCGUCUUCGACGCCUCCUCCUGCGACGCCUCCACUCCUCUCAACACCGUCUCCUUCCGCCGCAACUGCAUCCCGCCCACCGUGUGCGACGCCAUGCCGCAGCGCACCGACGCGGAGUGUGCUGCGUUCUGCGGGCUGAAGCCGGCUGACGGGGACGUGUGUGGCGGGCAGGGCACGUGCGUGCUGCUGCCGCAGCAGGCCGUGCAGGCGGGCGUGUGCACGUGCGGGAGCUCGCUGCAGAACGGGGAGGACCCCCCCCCGCCACUGCGUGUCCUCAACAGUGAGCGCCACCACAGGCGCCAUCACUCUCACCACCGCGGUCAACGAGUGGGGCGCGGCACUCCCUCACAGCCCCUACGCGCCUCUUCUCCUACGGCCUCCGCAAGUCCGGCUGUGGCCGCCCCUUCGCCUUCUCCGUCCUUCGCCUUCCAAAGCACCCCCGCGUCCGGGAAAUCCUCUGGAGGACUCGCCUUUGUGAUCGCUGCCACUGACACAGCCGCAACAGGAGACGUGACUGCCCGGGCUCCUACUCCGGCUCGGGCAGCGAGCGUGGCGGUGGAAUUCGACGGGUUUCAGGACAAGGCCGUGACGAUCAAGGACAUGUCUGCGAACCACGUGGGGUUGAACCUCAACGGGAAUCCCUUGUCCGUAUCAGCGGUGACCUCCCCGCUGGUGGCGGGCGAUGGCAAGGUGAAGUUCGCGUGGAUCGACUACGUGCCGGCGGGGGAUGCAGCGGGGUCGCUGUCGGUGUUUGUGGCGGCGACGGGCGUGAAGCCUGCCAAAGCGGUGCUGAGUGCGGCGCUGUCGCUGUGUUCUGUGCUGGCGCCGGUGGAGGGGAGGAGUCCAUUCUCCUCGGAUACUUAA